GCACUUGGCAGGGGCACAGGACUUUUCUCCCUCCAUACUCAGGUUUCCUUGCCAAGACCGUACCUUUGCUGUGUGGGCCUCCCCGGGGCCAGCCCCAAUUGCUGGUACCAGCUGCUGUUAAGGAGUGUAUCUCUCCGGUCCGCAGGCGGAAACCGGUGUGGUGGUGCUGGGGCUUUCCGUUUCUCCCUGCUUUUGCACACCUGGCUUCGCCAAGCCUGCACAGCUGCAGAGGACAUGGCAGAACAGAGGUACUGCGUAGACUAUGCCAAGCGUGGCACGGCAGGCUGCAAGAAGUGCAAGGAGAAGAUCGUGAAAGGAAUGGUGCGCAUUGGAAAGAUUGUUCCCAAUCCCUUCACGGAGUCUGGCGGGGACAUGAAGGAGUGGUACCAUGUGAAGUGCAUGUUUGAGAAGCUAGACAAGGCCCGGGCCACCACCAAGAAAAUCGAAGACAUCACAGACUUGGAAGGGUGGGAAGAGCUACAAGAUGGGGAGAAGGAAUUAAUCAACAAGCACAUCUCGGAAGCUAAUUCCAAGGCUGCAGGUACACCGAAGAAAAAAGUGAUAGUCCAAGCUAAGCUCACUGCCACAGGACAAAUAACCACAAAAGAUCCAUUGGCUCUCAUCAGUCCAUCACCGAAGAAGUUCUCUGGCUUCACAGCCAAGCCAAAGAAUUCAGAAGAAGUCUCUGCAAACUCUUCCCACAAGUCUAGCCUAUCUGCAAAAAAAUGUGAUCCGAAGCACAAAGACUGCUUGCUGCGAGAGUUCAGGAAGCUCUGUGCCAUGGUUGCUGAAAAGCCUAGCUAUAACGUGAAAACACAGAUCAUCCAGGAUUUUCUGAAGAAGGGAUCUGGAGGAGAUGGUUUUCAUGGUGACGUAUACCUGACCAUUAAGCUGCUGUUACCAGGCGUCAUUAAAAUUGUUUACAACUUGAAUGAUAAGCAGAUUGUAAAGCUAUUUAGUAGGAUUUUUAACUGCAGCCAAGAAGAAAUGAUCCGGGACCUGGAACAGGGAGAUGUUUCCGAGACCAUACGUCUCUUCUUUGAACAGAGCAAGUCUUGUCCUCCAGCAGCCAAAAGUUUCCUGACCAUCCAAGAGGUAGAUGAAUUCCUAAUCCAGCUAUCAAAACUUACUAAGGAGGAUGACCAGCAAAGUGUGCUGCAACAUAUCACUCGCAGAUGUACAGGGAACGACCUGAAAUGCAUCAUCAGGCUAAUUAAGCAUGACUUGAAAAUGAACGCUGGAGCAAAGCACGUGUUGGAUGCUUUGGAUCCCAAUGCUUAUGAGGCGUUCAAAGCAUCACGCAACCUCCAGGAUGUGGUAGAGCGAGUCCUGAAGAACCAGCAGGAGGCUGAGAAGAUGCCAGGUCUGAAGCGAACCCUCAGUGUGCAGGCCUCUCUGAUGACCCCGGUUCAGCCCAUGCUGGCUGAAGCCUGCAAGUCAAUUGAAUAUGCCAUGAAGAAGUGCCCAAAUGGCAUGUAUGCAGAAAUCAAAUAUGAUGGCGAGCGGGUGCAGGUCCAUAAAAAUGGAGAUCAUUUCAGCUACUUCAGCAGAAGCCUCAAACCUGUCCUCCCUCACAAAGUAGCCCAUUUUAAGGACUUCAUCCCCCAGGCUUUCCCUGGUGGGCAGAGUAUGAUCCUGGAUUCAGAAGUUCUUCUGAUUGAUAACAAAACUGGCAAGCCACUUCCUUUUGGGACUCUUGGUGUGCACAAGAAAGCUGCUUUCCAAGAUGCCAAUGUUUGCUUGUUUGUGUUUGACUGCAUCUAUUUCAAUGACAUCAGCCUGAUGGACAGGCCUUUGUGUGAACGUCGUAAGUUUCUCCACGAUAACAUGGUUGAAAUCCCCAACCGGAUCCUCUUCUCGGAGAUGAAGCAUGUCACAAAAGCUUCAGAUCUGGCAGAUAUGAUCACCCGAGUCAUCCGUGAGGGACUGGAAGGACUGGUGUUGAAAAACAUAAAGGGUAGUUAUGAACCAGGAAAACGACACUGGCUGAAAGUGAAAAAGGACUACCUAAAUGAGGGUGCAAUGGCUGACACAGCAGACCUGGUGGUGCUGGGAGCUUUCUAUGGACAAGGCAGUAAAGGUGGGAUGAUGUCCAUCUUCCUCAUGGGCUGCUAUGAUCCCAAGAGCGAGAAGUGGUGCACUGUGACCAAGUGUUCCGGUGGCCAUGAUGAUGCCACCUUGGCGCGCCUGCAAACAGAGCUGGAUAUGGUGAAGAUCAGCAAG